AUGAGAGUAGCAGCCUUCGUGAUCUUGUGCUGUGCACUGCAGUAUGUAACACCACAAAUUAUCGAUGAUAAGAUUCAUAAUAUUUUCAAUGACAAAAAUAAAUAUGAAACGAAGAAUGUAAGCACAAGUGAUGAAUACGAUAUAGACCAAUAUGGCGAAGUGAUCGAAAAACAGACCGUUAAAAAAGAAAUUUUAGUGAACGAUGAUAAAAGCAACGACGUAAAAAAUGAUGAUAUGAAAAUUAUGACCUUUAUCUUUAAAAAAGAUAAAGAAGGUCAUGAAAGAAUCUAUGAAGAAGAUACUGUUAUUAAAAAAGUUCCACGAUCAGCAGCCGCUGCCUCAAGCGCAGCAAAUAGUAACGCUGGUGUUGGUGGCCACAGAGUUGUUUCUGGAACACAAGAGUCAGCAACUGCUGGGUCAAGUGCAGCAAAUAGUAACGUUGGCGUUGGUGGCAUUAGAGGCAUCCCUGGAACACAAGGAUCAGCAGCCGUAGCAUCAAGUGAGACAAAUAGUAACGUUGGUGUUGGUGGUAUCAGAGGCGUUUCUGGGACACGAGGAUCAGCAGCCCCAGCAUCAAGUGCAGCAAAUAGUAACGUUGGUGUUGGUGGCCCCAGAGGCGUUUCUGGAACACAAGGAUCAGCAGCUGCACCAUCAAGCGCAGCAAAAAGUAACGUUGGUGUUGGUGGCCUCAGAGGUGUUUCUGGAACACAAGGAUCAGCAGCUGCACCAUCAAGCGCAGCAAAAAGUAACGUUGGUGUUAGUGGCCUCAGAGGCGUUUCUGGAACACAAGGAUCAGCAGCUGCAGCAUCAAGCGCAGCAAAUAGUAACGCUGGUAUUGGUGGCCCCAGAGUUGUUUCUGGAACACAAGGAUCAGCAAUUGGUGCCUCAAGUGCAGCAAAUAGUAACGCUGGCGUUGGUGGCAUCAGAGGCGUUCCUGGAACACAAGGAUCAACAACUGGAGAAUCAGCCGCAGCAGCCGCAGCAGCUGCAGCAGUUACUGACGCUAUUACCUAUGAAAACAGGUAUGUGCCAGGUGGCAGCUUCUACGGGCCUUACGGCAGUCAAAGACCCAAUUUAAAUUUAAACAUUUCAAACAGACCUGAAACAGCAUCAUCAGCUGCAGCAUCAAGCGCCGCAAAUAGUAACGCUGGUAUUGGUGGCCCCAGAGUUGUUUCUGGAACACAAGGAUCAGCAAUUGGUGCCUCAAGUGCAGCAAAUAGUAACGCUGGCGUUGGUGGCAUCAGAGGCGUUCCUGGAACACAAGAAUCAACAACUGGAGAAUCAGCUGCAGCAGCGGCCGCAGCAUCUGCAGCGGUGAAUGAUGCUAGUGCCUAUGGAAACAAAUAUGGAUUUGGUAAUCGCAACGGACCAAAUGGCUUCUACGGGCCUGACGGCAGUCAAAGACCCAAUUUCAAUUUAAACAUUUUAAACAGACCUGAAACGGCAUCAUCAGCUGCAGCAUCAAGCGCCACAAAUAGUUACACUGGCGCUGGUGGCCCCAGAGGCGUUUCUGGAGCACAAGGAUCAGCGACCGCGGCCUCAAGUGCAGCAAAUAGUAACGCUGGCGUUGGUGGCCUCAGUGGCGUAUCUGGAACACAAGGAUCAGCAACCGGGGAAUCAGCUGCAGCAGCCGCAGCAGCUGCAGCAGGUACUGACGCUAUCACCUAUGAAAACAGGUAUGGACCAGGUGGCAGCAUCUACGGGCCUUACGGCAGUCAACAACCAAAUAUUGAUUUUGUAUAUGAAGGAAGUUCUGAAUCGGCAUCAUCCGCCUCAUCAUCAGCCACAUCGACCGCAAAUCAAAGGAUUUCUGAAACACAAGGAUCAGCAGCCGCAGAAUCAAGCACCGCAAAUAGUAACGCUGGUGCUGGUGGCCCCAGUGGCACUUCUGGAACACAAGGAUCAGCAACUGGAGAAUCAGCUGCAGCAGCGGCCGCAGCAUCUGCAGCGGUGAAUGAUGCUAGUGCCUAUGGAAACAAAUAUGGAUUUGGUAAUCGCAACGGACCAAAUGGCUUCUACGGGCCUUACGGCAGUCAAAGACCCAAUUUCAAUUUAAAAAUUUUAAACAGACCUGAAUCGGCAUCAUCAGCUGCAGCAUCAAGCACCGCAAAUAGUAACGCUGGUGCUGGUGGCCCCAGUGGCACUUCUGGAACACAAGGAUCAGCAACUGGAGAAUUAGCUGCAGCAGCGGCCGCAGCAUCUGCAGCGGUGAAUGAUGCUAGUGCCUAUGGAAACAAAUAUGGAUUUGACCUGAAACGGCAUCAUCAGCUGCAGCAUCAAGCGCCGCAAAUAGUAACGCUGGUAUUGGUGGCCCCAGAGUUGUUUCUGGAACACAAGGAUCAGCAAUUGGUGCCUCAAGUGCAGCAAAUAGUAACGCUGGCGUUGGUGGCCUCAGUGGCGUAUCUGGAACACAAGGAUCAGCAACCGGGGAAUCAGCCGCAGCAGCCGCAGCAGCUGCAGCAGUUACUGACGCUAUCACCUAUGAAAACAGGUAUGGACCAGGUGGCAGCUUCUACGGGCCUUACGGCAGUCAACAACCAAAUAUUGAUUUUGUAUAUGAAGGAAGUUCUGAAUCGGCAUCAUCCGCCUCAUCAUCAGCCACAUCGACCGCAAAUCAAAGGAUUUCUGAAACACAAGGAUCAGCAGCCGCAGAAUCAAGCACCGCAAAUAGUAACGCUGGUGCUGGUGGCCCCAGUGGCACUUCUGGAACACAAGGAUCAGCAACUGGAGAAUCAGCUGCAGCAGCGGCCGCAGCAUCUGCAGCGGUGA